UUCAGGAGGAACAAGUCGCUGAUUUGGAGCAGUCCUUGGAAGAGGAAACCAAAGCCAAACACAAUCUAGAACAGCUGAUCCUGGACACAGCAGCCAGCAUGCACGAUGCGCUGAAGGGCCCUGCCCCUGACGAUCCCGACUUUGAGACACUCCUAGAGCAGCGUGAGAGGAGAGACGGGAUGUUGGAACACCUUCUCGCCAUGUUGAACAGCGCAGCCGCGCUCGGUGUCGGUCCGGCCCCCGGCAGACUGGGCAAGACGUCUGCAGACACCUUCAGGACCAAGACAAGUUUUCUUCCCGCCGUGGGAAUGGGACUAAAGAAAGGGACGGUGUCGAUGUCCCCAUUCUCCACUCCCGAGGGCACAGUAGCGCACUAUCAGCUGGGAGACCUCGGGCUGGUGCCGAAACCUCGGGAGGCCAUGAUGGCGUCCAUGGCGCGGAGUGUGGGCGGGCUCUCCCACACCACGGCCCGCCUGGGUGCCGUGCGGAACCCGCGCAGGGUCAGGUCUGUCGGCGUGCAGACAGCAAGUGCACAGAGGGCCAUGUUCUUUGCCGACCAGCUGCUCCGGUCUCCCGUGAAGGGACUCGACUUUCCGGAGAAGAUCACCGAGACGUCUUUAACUCAGCAAAGAAAGAAAGUACGCUGAUCGUCUUGAAACGUACCUCAGACGUCUUUAAGUUACAGUCUCGCAUUACAUACUUCUUGACUGUUAUCUCCAUGUACAGUAUCAAUUAUGAGCCAGUUACACUUACAGGCAGUAAGAAUGAUAUGUUGUAUAUUUCAAUGUAUUAUAUGUUACAACAUUCAAAUUGAAAGAGAUUGACUGAGAGCAUUUCCUGAAACUAUCAUCGCAGUGUUACAGAACCAGAAAAGCGACUCAAUGUUUUGUAUGCUGUUUAAUUGAGCUAUGUAUCAAAAUGAUUAUGUCUACACUGUAGGUUAUUUUUGAAAGUGCCAAAGUGAUAUGUUGACCCUGGUCGCAUUCCGACACGGAGUAGUGAAAUCUAUCUUCGUCGUGCUAGUGGAUUUCUUAACAAAUGAAGAAACGAAUAAACAGACAUAUCAUACAAUGA